GUACGGCUACUCAUACGAUCUGUGGGAGCGGGAAGGGUGGCUCGUCUAACCGACACACAGAAGAGAGAGUACCAGCUGAGAGGGUGAAGAAGUCGUUCAGUGUUUUGCGGAGGUGGUUUCUAGCGCUUUCCCAAGCCUGUAGAGUCUGUGUGUGGACAGCUCAAGGAUCUGGAGUGAGGUGUUAGAGGCAGAGCGGGCGUGCGGAAGGCUGUGCUCAGCCGCCAGACUUGUCGGAGUUGCAGGCGAGGUAGUUAACCCUCGUCCUCCAAACAGCAAUCAGACAGCGGAAGGUAGCUAGCUGAUCGCCAUGCCCGCCGAACAAAAUGCACUUGUCCUGCCGCGAGGCCGUCUGCCAAAUCGCUGUAUUAUUUUUUGAUGUACGAUAUCUGUUCUUGAAGGAGGAGGGAUGAUAAUGAUAAUGAGAGGAUUCAAUGAUUGAUAGUAAGUAAGUUGUACAUUUGCGUCAUCUUCCCGCCGCCUCCGUGUGGGCAGCGUAGGUGGUACUUAGCGUCGUGGACACCUUUGUAACGAACUUGUCAACGGACCGACAAAACAGGGCGGAAGGGUGGGGGGGUGUGUGUGGGGGGGGGAGAUUGGGCCGGGGAGAAGGAGGGAGGAGGAGAGGAAGAAGGAAGAAGCGGGGACGCUGUGAAAGGGGCGUGGGCGGGGAGUUAUAUGCAUGAUAAAGUGGAUUGAAAAGCUGUAGAGGAAACGAGUAGAUGGGUGAAUAGGUGUGGUGGGCGGGCAUGGGUGGGUGCGCGCGCGUCACUAAUUGGCCCAAAAAACUUUCGCGCGUAGAAUAAAGGCAUGGAUAAAGGGAGACGUAUGCUACUGCGGAGGGCAAAAAUAGAGAACGAAGCGAAACCUGUGGUUGGCGGGAAGAUCGAAGAGGACGUUGACGUCAGCAAUCGCGCUUCAGCAUCGGCGGAGGCGCGAUCUGGCAUCGUCAGCGGGAAUUUGAAAGGAAGCGAGAAAGCUGCGGGUGGAAAGAAGGCGGGGAACGUUAGGGGGGUAAGGAGGCAGCCGAAGGAGGAGAAGGAGGAGGAGGAGGAGGAAGAAGAAAAGGGUGACUUCGGAUUUGUGCACGUGGAGCGCCCGGCGGCAGCAGCAGCUGCACAGAAGACACAUGAGAUCGCGGUAGGGAAGCAGAGCCAGGGCGAUGGCGACGAUGAUGAUGACGACGUCGUGCUGGUCGAGGGUUUUGCCCUGAGAGUGGAUGGACGACGAGGAGGGGAAGGAGGUGAAAAAGGAGGUCAAGGAGGUCAAGGGAUCGAGACUGCAGGUGGUGGAUUCAUAGGAGGAGGAGGAGGAGGAGAUUCGACGAGGGCGGGAAGCAGCGCAGAGCAAUCGGAAGCAGCGGCGAUGGAGGAGGCGAACGGUGCGAUGGUGGAGGCAGUAGUAGGAGGAGGAGGUGAUUGUUUGGCAUUGGCGGGAACACAAGCAAGGACGAGAAUCGUAGUGAAACCGCUCCAGAGAGAAGUGCUCGUGAAGGCGAAGUUUCCUGCCGAAGCUCUGGAAGAUGUUGAUCUGACCGGCGAUGGAGAAGGUGGUAGGUCUCCUCCGCCGACUCUGACAUUUGCCCGUCAUUUUCCAGACAUCGACUCUACUCGCGAUCUUAUUAAGAAUGCCAACAACGUGGUAGCGCUUAUCAAAUCCCGACGAUCGCUGGCGGCGCAGGACUUCGACACGCUGGAUAUCUGUUGGCAGUGCGGAACCUAUGCGGAGCAUAAUCUGCCGGACAUCGCGCCCACCCCUGUGGACCCCUUCCUAAUGACCAGAUUAGUUGAGGUCUCUGGCGCCGGCGGCGGCGGGGAAAACAACAACAGCAACAACAACAACAACAACAAUAGCAACAGCAAUAGUAAUGUCAAUAAUGGGGGUAGCAAUAGCAAUACGAGUGUGAAGAAGGCGAAGGUGACUACACUGAAGGCUGUAAUGGAUUACAUUGCGCGCCGGCUGGCAUUGUCGGUAUUGUACGGUCGUCCUGCGUGGUUCGAACACGUGUCCACGGUGAUGAAGUCUGCGGAUUCGGUGGGAGAACUGCAUCUGGUCCGGAAAGCAGUGAUCGUGUGGUCCAAAGCCAUCAGGAUGCUGGUGUUUGCGGCGGAUUCAAACAGAUUGGGACCUGCGAUCGGGGUCAGACCGUCGAUGGUGUCGAAGAUGGACCUGAAUGAGGUCAAAGCGCGAGUGAAGACCCACUCGAGCGCGGCGGAGGUGAAAUCGUCAAUUAGGGUUAUGCGCGCGGCGGCGGUUUUCCACAAAGAGCUAGCGAAGCUGAGAGUGUAUCAGUUGGAAAGACGAAUGUAUAAGUUGGCCUUGUAUGCGGUGAGUAUGGGUGUUAAUUUGGAAGAGGAGGGAGGGGAGGGUGGGGGAGACGAAGUAGGUGACUGUCUAGGAGGAGGAGGAGGGGUGGGGAUGGGAGGAGGAGUGGAGGGAGGAGAACAAAGGAUGUGCAAGGGAGGAAAGAAGUAUGUUUUCCCGCCAAUUUCGUGGCCGGGAAAUUCGUUCGAUGCGUCGGCUUUGGUGAAAAGCUGGCGCGUAGUCAAGGAUUACGCUAUGUUCCACAGGAGGAGCAUCGCUGACGUGUGCGCGAUCGGACCGAGGCCUGAUGAGCUUCCCAGUGCUUUACACGUGGACGUCAAAGAAGGGGCUUACGAUGACCCCAUUAUGUGCAUAAGGGGUCAAGAAGGUGUGGACGAUGACCUUAUGGCUUUUCUCGCCAGCAUGUCGUCUAAGGUCGUGGUACCGGAAGACGCCAAAGAUUUUUAUGGGCCGGCGAUUGAUGAUGCCACGUGGUUUGGAAAGCCAGAGCCGCCGGAGGAGGAUGCGGGGGGAGGAGGAGGAGGCGGAGGGGAGGGAGGAAGUAAUCAGAACGGAUCGAGUAUGGAGGAGGGAGGGAAAGGGGGUAAGAGUGAAGAGGGCGGACUUGAUUCCAAAAGGCCGGUGAGAAAACGCCGCCGCUUUGACGGAGACGAAGAUGAGGACAUGUCUUCGGAGGAAAACGAUGGAGAGUAAGAAAAAGGAGGAAAACCUACCAUAGCUACCAUAGCUACCAUAGCUACCUUCCUACCUAUCUAUCUAGCUGCUGCUGCUGCUGCUGCUGCUUCACAAAACAUUCAUGCUACUUGCAGCAGGACGAGGCUGCAGACAACUACCCCUCACCCUUGACAUCCAUUGCCUCCUUGUCCCUCCUCCCUCGUCCUUGUCGCUCCUCCCUCCUCCUUGUCCCUCCUCCCUACUCCUUGUCCCUCCUCCCUCCUCCAUCCAUCUUCGCUCCUCUGCUUCUUCUACUUCGCUCCUCUGCUUCUUCUACUUCGCUCCUCUGCUUCUUCUAUUUCGCUCCUCUGAUUCUUCUUGUUCUUCUUUCAUGUUCCCUCCUCGGCUUCUUCUUCUCCCUUCUUCUUCCUUCAUCUUCGUUCGCCUUCUUUCUCCACAGCGUAUCCGUUGUCCACUUUUCUUUUUCACAUCUUCAUUCUGUUUCUUCUUUUUCUUCCUCCCAUGUUUGUUUUCUUGUUUUUCCCUUCUUUCUCCAUCUUUAUUCUUCUUUUGUCCUCUUCCUCGGCUUCUGUCUUCUUCUCCUCUUCCUUCUUGUUGCUUGGUAGUAGGUGUUUAUGUAUGUAUGUGUCCGUGCCUUUCGUCGUAUACGAUGCGCAUCAUCCAUGCAGACAACCAACGAAUGAUUCUACAGCUUCCAAUUCAUCCUUUCCCGGCCUAAAGGAACAGAGGAGACAGAACGCGUGCACUCGGGGCACAAUAGAAAUCGGAAAGAAGUGUACACAGAGAGAGAGAGAGAGAGAGAGAGAGAGAGAGAGAGAGAGAGAGAGAGAGAGAGAGAGAGAGAGGGGGGGGGGGGGGGGGGGGNGGGGGGGAGAGAACAGAGAGGUGAUCCAUUGUGGUUCCUUGAAUACUGCUUAUGGAGGAGUGCGAAGGCGACGACGGGACACUGGUAGCAGUAAUUCCUGUUCGUGGCGAUAAGUCUCUACCCUCGGCCUCCGCCGUCGUGGUCCCUCUUCCUCUUGUUCAUCUUCUUCUUCUUCUUCUUCUUCUUCUUCUUCUUCUUCUUCCAUAUGUCGGGGAUGGCCUUGCUCCCCCCACUCGAUUCCCAUCUCUUUUAAGGUGGGGGGGUAGGGGGUGGAGAGGGGUGGAGAGGGAUUUGGGGUGGUGGCAGGUGGCGGCGAGAGGGGAAGGAGUAAGACACCGGAAGAUCUCGAUUCCGAUCCCGGUAUGUUUUGCUUUGGAGCUGUUUGCGCGGGGUGAAGGAGAAGAGGGUAGACAAAUUGGUAUUAUAUGUUUCAGCCCAGCUGCAAAAACGAGAGCGUAGUAUCUUCAGUAGUAGUUAUCAGAGAACUUCCUGAUGUCCACGAAAGCGUCUGCUUACGUGUCGCAUGGAGGUGAAGGAAAGGACGUUAUGUGUGUGUGUGUGUGUGUGUGAGAGAGAGAGAGAGAGAGAGAGAGAGAGAGAGAGAGAGAGAGAGAGAGAAGGGUGAUUGCGUUUUUUGUUUUUUUGUUGAAGUACGAUGACUUUCAAAUUUUGUUUUUGGUUGUGAGGGAGCGAAAUUUUCGCACUUCGGAAAGUAGAAAAAACGAUCGGAACAAUUUAGUUUU